GCCUCUUAGCUUAGCGUUUAGUAUCUCGUCGACGUUCCGAGGAGACUCUUCUUGAUCUUUUUUUUUUCCACUCUCCUCGUUGAUUCCGCUCGCCUUCUGUCGCUGCGCGCCGAUUGGGGUCGGUAAUUCGGGUGCCUCGCGAACAAGUAUCGAAAGAAAGCAGACGACAGAUGGAGACGAAGACGGAGCCACUGACGCCGCCGCAAACGCCUCCGACUGUUGACAGAUCGAUGCAUCAUCAGCAGCAGCAGCAGCAGCAGCAGCAGCAGCAACAGCAGCAACAGCAGCAACCGCAGCAGCAGCAGGAGCAGCAACAGGCGCAACAACAACCACAACAACAACAUUCAUUUCCAUCUGCCAGAGGAUGGAAUAGAAACCAGUUUCCUAUUGACAGAUACUUCCAGCCACAGCAGCAACACGUUCAGGCGACGCAGCAGAAUGUCAGCGGCUAUCAGUUUCCAUACUUAGAAAGCUGGUUGAGAAGCACAGGGGCGAAUCUGCCAAUUUAUUAUCACCACCGACCACGUCCUUCGUACUAUCAGGCACAUCUGUUCCCGAUAGGACAGCCUCCGGCGUCGUUCCUCUCGCGCAGAUCACCAGGCCAGAGACCAAAGAAGCAGUUCAUCUGUAAAUUCUGCCAUCGGCAAUUCACGAAGAGUUACAAUCUGCUGAUUCACGAGAGGACGCACACCGAUGAGCGGCCGUACUCGUGCGACAUAUGCGGGAAGGCCUUCCGCAGGCAGGAUCAUUUGAGGGAUCAUCGAUACAUACACAGCAAGGAAAAGCCGUUUAAGUGCAACGAGUGUGGCAAGGGGUUUUGUCAGAGCAGAACUCUGGCCGUUCACAAAAUUCUGCACAUGGAGGAGUCGCCGCAUAAGUGCCCCGUAUGCGGUCGGAGCUUCAAUCAGAGGAGCAACCUAAAAUCACACCUUCUGACGCACACGGACGUCCCGCAGGAUCUUACGGUCGAAGCGACGGUGUCUUCGGACUCAAGGAUGAUUUCUACGGAAGUCAGACAAAUGGACCGCGUGAACGGUCGUCUGCCGAUCCAAAGGAGCAGCACGAUGCCACCUAAACUCGGUUUCAGUAUAGAGGACAUCAUGAGAAGACGUUAAGAGUCUUAGUUAUCCUUUUAAUUUUAAUCUGCGUGCGCGAUAUAAAAUUAUCUACGUUACUUUCUACGUAACGCUUGCCACGCUACGCGACGAUUUUUCAUACGACUAUAUUCCCAUGAGUUUUGAAUAUGAUUAUGUUAAUAUAUUAGUUUGUUAACUGUACUAAACCUUUUGCGCGUUUAGUGCAAAUUGCAUCGAUUUUUAAUUUUUUUAUCAAAUAAUUAUAUUAUUUUAUGUUACAAUUUAUUUGUUGACUGUAAAACGCAGUUAUUUGUGUGAAGUUACAAAUGCUGCGAGAUUUCUAAUAAUUACAUUUUGAUUCUAAUUAUUGAUUUUUUUCAGUAUAUAUUUUUUUUUAAUUUAGAUUAUAAAAACAAAAUUUCGGUUUUGAAAUGCAUAGAGCGUUAAUACUAAGUUAAUCGAUUUUCGACCCUUUUUGCCCAUCUGUUGCAAAAAAUCAGGAUCAGUUAAAUUUUAAUUAAUGGUUAUUUAGUUUUGAUAAUAAAAAUGUAAUAUGAAAUUUCGUCGAUGUUAUACCGGUUUCGAUUCCAAGUUUGCUUGUUCUUCGUUUUGUGUGUGCGCGCGCGUGUGUGUGCGUGUGCGUGUGCGUGUGUGUAUAUGUGUGUUGUGUGUUGAAUUGGAAACAUUAUUGAUUUUAUUUACGAUUUAUCCAAAUUUGUUUGAUUUCUAUGAGUCAAUUUCUAAAAAUGAUUGUAUUCUAUGAGUAUUCUAUUCGGUGUUAUAAAACGUAAUUAUAGUAUGAUACUACGGGAGGAUAAAAUAGAUAAAAUAACUUUGGACUUUAAACAAGAUGCAAAUUGCAACGAAAUAGCUAAUAUAGACAUUUCUAACGACAGGGAAUUAGCGAAGGUGGUUUGAAUGUCUUCCUAUAAUUCCAUCUGUUGAAGAAUUUUAAACAGAGACUUUGCAAUCUGCUAUCAAAUAUGAUCAGAUCAAAUUAACUUGAAAUAAUUCGUUUGCUGUUAUGAACUUGUAUUACGUAUGAACGCGGUAUUACGAAGAAUUUUGUAAAAUUAUUUUCUUUGUCACACAUCGGGCUCAUUUUAUUGUCUUGUGAAAUAAACAAUAUGAAACAGUGUUUGCUUCGUGAA